GCUUGGUCCCGUGCCUGCGCCCCGCGAACGCGCAUCAAAUUAGCAUCGAUGAAGUUUGUGCGAACAUGGCGGAUUUCCUGCCGACCAGGUCCGUGUUAAAAGUUUGUCUACCUGUCUGCCUGCUUAACAGCGGCGAGGUGGAACAGCUCCGAAAGUCCAAGGAGAUCGACAGAUGUCUUUCCCGAGAGAAAACGUAUGUGAAACGGCUGGUGAAGAUCCUGCUGCUAGGCGCUGGCGAGAGCGGCAAGUCGACUUUCCUCAAACAAAUGCGGAUCAUCCACGGCCAGGACUUCGACCAGCAAGCCCGAGAGGAGUUCAGAGGCACGAUUUACAGCAACGUUAUCAAAGGUGUACGUGUAUUGGUGGAUGCGCGGGAGAAGCUGCACAUCCCAUGGGGCGACCCAGACAACCAGCAGUAUGGGGACAGCUUGAUGGCGUUCGACACCCGGUCGGCUAAGAUGGCCAGCGGCAAGCUGGAGACGUCCACUUUCUUGCAGUACAUGCCCGCCAUCAAAUCUCUGUGGGCAGACUCGGGUAUACAGAAUGCCUACGAUCGUCGCAGGGAGUUUCAGCUGGGUGAGUCAGUGAAGUAUUUCUUGGAUAAUCUGGAUAAGCUUGGCGACCUGAAUUAUCUUCCCAGUCAACAGGACAUCCUGCUGGCCCGUAAACCCACCAAAGGCAUCCACGAAUAUGACUUUGAAAUCAAGAAUGUUCCCUUCAAGAUGGUGGACGUGGGAGGGCAGCGGUCAGAGCGAAGGCGCUGGUUCGAGUGCUUCGACUCCGUCACCUCCAUCCUCUUCCUCGUCUCCUCCUCUGAAUACGAUCAGGUGCUGAUGGAGGACAGGCAAACUAAUCGUCUGCGUGAGUCGCUCAACAUCUUCGAGACCAUCGUCAACAACCGCGUCUUCAUCAACGUUUCAAUCAUCCUCUUCCUCAACAAGACAGACCUACUGGAGGAGAAGGUGAAGAGCGUUCCGCUCAAGGACUACUUUCCUGACUACACUGGGCCGGAGCACAGCCUGCCGGACAUCCAGGCGUUCAUGGUGGAGUGCUUCCGGGCCAAGAGACGCGACGGCACCCAGAAGCCCCUAUACCACCACUUCACCACAGCCAUCAACACGGAGAACAUCAGGCUGGUGUUCCGGGACGUCAAGGACACCAUCCUCCACGACAACCUCAAACAGCUCAUGCUCCAAUGACCCCUGUCAACCUGUGAAAGUAGAGGACCUGAAUGGGGACAAACCUCCCCCUCACUCCUGAAGAGGACUUGGGAGGGACCAGCCUCAGAAGAAUCCGAUAGACAUCAGCAUUCUUCUUCAGCCGUUUUUAAAAUUAGUUUUUAUGCUCCUCUUUUGAAGAGUUGGCCUUCUUGUUAGUUCAGGGUUUGGUAGGGAAAUGAGUCAGUAGGGCAGACUGUCUGUGGUUAACAAAAAAAAAACAUAAAAAAAGACAAGCAGGUGGUUUGGAUGUUGGAUGACAUCUGAUCUCUGCUGCUUUGUUUCUCCUCUGGCCUGAGCUCCGCCUUACAGCACUAGACUCGCUGGGGCUUUUCAACUCACAAGGUGCUGGUGCCUGUGUCAGUACCUGACCGUGGAACCAACAUUUUACAAAUAGGGCAUAUGGUUUCUUAACCACACAUACACCUUUGCUAAGCAACAAACAGGAAAUUACCGUGGUGAAAUAAUAACAUGUAAGCAAACAGCAGUUAGAUGGCUUAAAUGUACCAAGAUUAUCUGUGCCAGAGUUGAUUGGCUAGUCCAUGUCCAAGCACUGAAUUCAUCUAGUCCAAAAUCACUCCAUUAUGUCAGUUGCACUCUCCAGUGCUGCUUUGUGAACAUUAUUUCUAAGCCCCUGUCGUCUGUAGAGGGUUGCUGAUGAUCUGGAGAAUGCACAAGUUUUUCUGUUUGUCUGUUUUUUUACUUUUAUGGACAGCACCAUUCCUCCCUCUUCCCAUCCCAGUUACCUGUUUGUCUCAGUUCAACAUCAGCAGGUUGAAAGUGCUGGCACGGAGCCAGUUUUGCUGGGACCAGGACCAGUUCAUUGAUGGUGAAAGUGCCACUCAGGAUGAUUAAAAGAUCUGAUGUGGAAACUGGCUCCAGCACCAGCACCUUGUCUGUGGAAAAACUGCUAGAAAAGUGUAAGACUGAACCUACAACGCCUUUCCACAUAAUGUCCUAUAGACAAAUCACUGUUUGAAUCCUGCAUUUGUGCCUAUGUCUCUAUCUACAUUUAUAAAGUCAGUCUCAGCUUCCUUAGACACGUAAUUAAGAUGUCCUUUUAUUUUUGGUCGGUUUGAGGGUAAAAUUACCUUCAGUUGGCACACUAGGCAGGUGAGCCAACAAGUGAACAUGCAGUCCACUGUUUUCUCAGGGUUGAAUCAAAACCGGCAUUAAUGCUGAUGUCAUUGUUGGUGAACGAACUCAAUAAUCUAAUUUUAAUCUGGGUGGCAGAGCUGUGAGACUCAGCCAGGCCUCAGUACAGUUAGCUAGGUGGUGUUUGGUACUGUAUCCUCCUGGCUUUGACCCUUGAUCUUUGACCCAGAACCCCCCGCGCUCCUCCUCUGUCUCUCCUUGUUUUCAUCUCUGAUUAGAUGCCUUGUAAAGGGACAGAUCCCCUUUUUGCCUGAAUGAUGAAUGUCUGUUAAUAGAUGUACAGAGAUUUGCUCUAGAUCGUCUGAAUAUACUGGAACCAACGUUGCUGUGGUAAGAUGUAACCAGUUGUAAGAAUUUCUGUGUUGGCACUGAGUUGUGUCUUCUUUUUUUUUUUUUUUUUCAAAAAUGCAACCUUGUGCUGUUUAGAAUUUCCCUUAAAAAAUAAAAUUUGAAAUUGUAGAGAAAAAAAAAACACAAACAAAAAAAAGCUACUGUAUUUGAAUACUUUUGUCAGCAACUGUAUUCUGUAGGGGGCCAGUCUUUGUUAGAGGACAACUUCCAGGCACUGUUAAAAUCUCUGUUUCUCUGCCAAAUCAACCCAUGCUUUCUUGACUCUGUUCACAUCGACAGACUGUAGUUUCUCUCCAAAAACACAGCCCCUGUGAGCUUCAGUUUGCUUCCAGUCCUGGCUUUGUACAUACUGUAAUCUGUUGCCAUGUAAAUAAUAUUCAGGUUUAUCUCCUUAUAUGUAAAUGGUUGUAGAAAUGGCGUAUUUUUCCCCUUUCUGAAUGUGUUUCAAAUCACUGCUUUUCCAAUGAAGAUGACUUUUUAUGUAGAUGUAUUUUUGUGUAAUUUUUCCAAUGCCUUUUUGAAAUUCAUUCCUGUGUCAAGUCUCAUGCCACUCUAACCCUCUCAAUAAAUACACUUUUCUAAUGAAA